ACUCUCUUUCUCUCUCUUCUCUCUCUCUCUCUCUCUUCUGAAUUCCAUUUUUAUAUCCAGACGAAGAAACCGUCAAUUUACUGCCUCACCAUAUUCUUCCACAAAUUUCUCGGUCUUAGGGAGAGCCCGACGCGAUCUGGCUUCGAACUUUUCACCGCUCAAGGAAUUUCCUCUCCUUGAGCUGUGUUAUGGUGAAAAUCUUGUCCAGACUGAAUUUAGAUGAUAUGUGAUAUCGUAAGUCAAUAUCCAGGGUUUACAUGUUCAGCUGCAUUUACUUUGUGUGAAAAUCUAGGGAAAAAUCUGUUAAACUUUUGGAUCUAGGUUUACAAUCUGUUUGUAGUUCUAAAGAUGAGUGAAUCAAAACCAGAGACUCAUUCAUUAAACUCCUCCUCGAGGAAACUGCCUGAUUUCAAGCAAUCUGUUAAGUUGAAAUACGUUAAACUAGGUUACCAUUACCUCAUCACUCAUGGAAUGUUCUUAUUUCUAUCACCUCUAAUGGUGGUAAUCGUUGCUCAGCUUUCAACAUUCUCCCUUAAUGAUAUUUACUCCCUAUGGGAACAUUUACAAUACAAUCUCAUAUCAGUUAUCCUCUGCACAACUCUAUUAGUCUUCCUCUCAACUGUUUACUUCCUCACUCGUCCCUCCUCUGUUUAUCUUCUGAAUUUCGCUUGCUACAAGCCUGAUGAAGAAAGAAAAUGCACUAGACAGAUUUUCGUUGAUAGAUCGCGGUUGACUGGUUCUUUCACUGAGGAAAACCUUCAAUUUCAGAGGAAAAUACUUGAGAGGUCUGGUUUAGGUGAGUCAACUUAUCUCCCUGAAGCUGUUCUUAGGGUUCCUCCUAAUCCUUGUAUGGAAGAAGCUAGAAAGGAAGCUGAGGCUGUAAUGUUUGGUGCUAUUGAUGAUCUUUUAGCGAAAACUGGAGUGAACCCGAAGGAUAUUGGGAUCUUGGUUGUUAAUUGUAGCUUGUUUAACCCAACACCAUCUCUUUCUGCUAUGGUUAUUAAUCAUUAUAAACUUCGAGGGAAUAUUACUAGCUACAAUCUCGGUGGAAUGGGCUGCAGUGCUGGUUUGAUCUCUAUUGAUCUUGCUAAGAAUCUCCUUCAAGUAACCCCGAAUUCUUAUGCAUUGGUUGUUAGUAUGGAGAAUAUAACUUUGAAUUGGUAUUUUGGAAACGAUAGAUCUAUGCUGGUUUCAAACUGCUUGUUCAGAAUGGGGGGUGCAGCUAUUUUGUUAUCGAAUAAGUUGUCUGAUCGUCGAAAAUCAAAGUAUAAGCUCAUAAACACGGUGAGAACUCAUAAGGGCUCAGAUGAUAAAUGCUUUUCUUGCGUUUACCAAAUGGAGGAUUCGGUUGGAAAGAUUGGAGUCUCGCUUUCGAAGGAUUUAAUGGCUGUUGCUGGCGAUGCUCUGAAGACAAACAUCACUACCCUUGGUCCUCUUGUUCUUCCUAUGUCAGAGCAGCUCUUGUUCUUUGCUACUUUGGUUGGGAGAAAGGUUUUGAAAAUGAAGAUAAAGCCUUAUAUACCUGAUUUCAAAUUGGCAUUCGAGCAUUUCUGUAUUCAUGCUGGAGGAAGGGCGGUUUUGGAUGAAAUUGAGAAGAAUUUGCAGCUUUCGGAGUGGAACAUGGAGCCAUCGAGGAUGACUCUUUAUCGAUUUGGAAAUACUUCGAGUAGUUCUCUUUGGUAUGAGCUUGCUUAUAUGGAAGCGAAAGGGAGAGUUAAGAGGGGAGAUCGAGUAUGGCAAAUUGCGUUUGGGUCGGGUUUUAAGUGUAAUAGUGCGGUUUGGAAGGCGUUGAGAACGGUUGAUCCGAAAAAGGAGAAGACGAAUCCGUGGAUGGAUGAGAUCGAUCAGUUUCCUGUUGAUGUUCCGAAGAUUGCGACGAUCUAAAUAUCGGGUAAUAUGUAUUUUGUAUUAUGGAUUUCUAAUUUAUUAAGAUUGAUUGGAUAAUUGAAGUUUGCAAUUGUUUGUGAGCAUUGUGAAUGAUUUGUGGUUGAUGGAAUUUUGAUGGGUUUAAUCAAUUCUUUUGUUCUCAA